AUGACCGGAACGGGCCAAGCGAGCCCGAUGACCCGAACGGAUCAAGCGGGCAAUAAGAUCCGAACGAGCCAGACGGGCCUAAAAACCCUAACAGGCUUGGCGGGCCCGAAGAUCCGAACGUGCCAGGAGGGCCCAAGACCCAAACGGGCCAGGCGGGCCCGAACACCUAAACGGGUCAGGCAGGCCCGAAGACCCGAACUGGCCAGGCACGCCGAAGAUCUGAACGGGUCAAGCAGGCCCGAAGACCUGAACAGGCCAGGCGGGCCCGAAGACUCGAACUGGCCAGGUAGGCCCGAAGAUCCAAAUGGGUCAAGCGGGCCCGAAGACCGGAACGGGCCAAGCGGACCCAGUGACCAAAACCAGUCAGGCAAACCUAAUGACCAAAACAGGUCAGGUGGGCCUGAAGACCCGAACGUGCCAAAUGGGCCCAAAGAACUGAACGGGCGAAACGGGGUCGAAGAACAAAAUGGGCUAGGUGGGCCUGAUGACCCGAACGGGCACGCCAGGCCCGAUUACCCAAACGAGCACAGCGGGCCCGAAGACUCAGAUGGAUUAGGAUGGAAGUGGAAAGAACCAAAUGGAUUAUGA